CUUCAUGGUAUCAUUUAUCACACAGCAAACAUGUUUAGAUCCGUCAACAACGCCGCCAAGCGUGUGAAUGUUAGAUCGUUCACCACCGCUACCAACCCAGCUGCUACCCAAUGGAGCAAGUUCUUCGUUGCCACUGCUGCUGCUACCGGUUUGUCCGCCUCCUACUUGUUGUACAAGGACACGGCCUCCGCCAUGACGGAUGCUGAGCACGGUAUGCACCCACCCGAAUACCCAUGGUCCCACAACGGUAUCUUUGAGACCUUUGACCACAGAGCCAUCCGUAGAGGUUUCCACGUCUACCAGGAGGUCUGCGCGGCGUGCCACUCCUUGGACCGUGUUGCCUGGAGAACCUUGGUUGGUGUCUCCCACUCCGUCACUGAGGUCAAAGCCAUGAUCGAGGAAUUGGAGUACGACGAUGAACCAGACGAUGAGGGUAACCCAAGAAAGCGUGCCGGUAAGUUGACCGAUUACAUCCCAGCUCCAUAUGCCAACGAGCAGGCUGCCCGUGCUGCCAACUCCGGUGCCCUUCCUCCUGAUUUGUCUUUGAUUGUCAAAGCCAGACACGGUGCUGCCGACUAUGUCUUUGCCCUUUUGACCGGUUACCCAGACGAGCCACCAGCCGGUGUUGUCUUGCCUCCAGGCUCCAACUACAACCCGUACUUCCCAGGUGGUGCUAUUGCCAUGGGUAGGGUCUUGUUCGACGGUUUGGUUGAGUACGAGGAUGGCACCCCAGCCACCACCUCCCAGAUGGCCAAGGAUGUCUCCGUUUUCUUGAACUGGGCUUCUGAGCCAGAACACGACGAGAGAAAGAGAUUGGGUUUGAAGUCUAUGAUCCUUUUGUCCACCAUGUACUUGGGUUCCGUCUGGUUGAAGAAGUUCAAGUGGGCCAACAUCAAGACCAGAAAGAUCACCUUCACCCCACCAAAGAAAUAA